AUGGCCUAUCCCGAUAAGAAAUCUGAAGAUGAGCCAAAGGUGCCCGCUGGCAGUGCCCUUUCGUCCAUCACAAACUCGCCGCCAAUCGCAAUCUUUGCAUACUGCGCGUCGUCCAUUCUGAUGACAGUCACAAACAAGUACGUGCUUUCUGUCGGAUACUUCAACUUCAACUGCAUUCUGCUUGCUAUUCAGUCGCUUGUCUGUCUGCUUUUCAUUCAAGCCCUCAAGGCCUUCGGAAUUGUCAAGUUCCGUGAUUUCAACGCUUCUGAAGCCAAGAAAUGGUUCCCGAUCUCAGUCCUCUUGGUUCUAAUGAUUUACACCGCGUCCAAGGCCAUGCAAUACCUCUCCAUUCCAGUCUUCACCAUCUUUAAGAAUGUCACUAUCAUCCUCAUUGCUUACGGUGAAGUCAUUUGGUUUGGUGGUGAGGUCACUCCUCUCACUCUCUUCUCCUUUAUCGUCAUUGUCCUUUCCUCUGUUGUCGCUGCUUGGUCCGAUCUUUCCAUCGCUGCCCAGGCUGCCGCCAAAACCUCUACUGAGGCUGUUUCUUUCUUCAGCGGUCUUCACAUCGGCUACCUUUGGAUGUUUUGCAACUGCUUGUCCAACGCUGGCUUUGUCCUCUUCUUGCGCAAGCGCAUUAAAUAUUUUAACUUUUCCGACUUGGACACCAUGUACUACAACAACCUCCUGGCCAUCCCUGUGCUUUUGGUUGGCUCUUUGCUCUUUGAAGACUGGUCCGCUGAAAACGUGGCCAAGAACUUCCCUCCUGAGUACAAGAACACGGUCAUCUUCCUUAUGAUUCUUUCGGGAUUCUUCUCGCUUGGUAUUUCUUACACUUCUGGUUGGUGUGUGCGUGUCACUUCCUCCACCACCUACAGUAUGACGGGUGCUCUUAACAAGCUCCCCGUAGCCCUUUCGGGUCUUAUCUUCUUUGAUACUCCCGUCACCUUCUACUCCGUGACGGCCAUUGCUUUGGGUUUUGCUUCGGGUGUUCUGUACUCGAUUGCUAAAAUCCAACAGAAGAAGCGCAACGAGCAAACUCUUCCCAAGUAA